AUGCUUUUAUUCAUCAUAUCCGUUCUCCUUUCUUAUACCCUUGUAAAUGGAGCGGCCAACUCCCUUUCAUCUCAGAUUCGGAUUCCUUCAUCAUCGCGUCGCCUCAACGGCUCAAUCGUCAUUCACCUAUCUCCGUCUCCACGUCUUUGCAUGACCGUUUCUGCUGUAGGCUUCAGUUUUGCUUUUGAUGAAGGUGAUGGAAACCGAAAGAGCUUCGAAUCGUUGAUGAAGCUUAAAGAAAAAGACGUUGCGGUUGUGAAGAUGAUGACGAUGCAAAUAAGAGAGAAGUAG